CUCUCUGGUUCUGCCUUUUGCCACCUGACCUGCCAGCUGCUACCUACACCAGCAGUGCCCAUUCAUCAUGGAGAAGGUCCUUGUCCUCCUGCUGGUCGCCCUCACAGUAGCCUAUGCGGUUCCCGACCCCCGGGGAAUCAUUAUCAACCUGGAUGCAGGCGAGCUCUGCCUGAACAGUGUCCAGUGCAAGAGCAAGUGCUGCCACCGUGAAACUGGCCUGAGCCUGGCCCGCUGCGCACCCAAGGCCAGCGAGAACAGCGAGUGCUCCGCUUGGACACUCUAUGGGGUUUACUACAAGUGUCCCUGUGAGCGGGGCCUGACCUGUGAGGUGGACAAGACCAUCGUGGGCUCCAUCACCAACACCAACUUUGGCAUCUGCCUCGAUGUUGGAAGUUCCAGUGAGUGAAAGCACUCACCCAGCCCCGCAUCUAGCCCAGCGCGCAGAAGGACACUUCUCCUCCACCCCCGCUCUGGGGCUGACCACCCUCUUGACCAGUACCUCAUCUUCUAAGUGGGUUCUUAGCAAUUAAAGCCACUCCUGCAAACCUU